UCUUAUCACUGCCCAGAGAUCUCCGCUUCAAGUUGACAAUUUCUCGGAUCCAGUUGAAUUAUAGAAUUUGUAUGGAUCGAUAAAUAGUUUCUUCAAUCGAUGCCGCCGUGACUGAAGCGUAAAAACGUUAGUCCCUACCAGCAACUUGGCGGUUCUUGUUGUUUGUCUCGGCGAUCCUCGCACAUGAGCGAUAGAAGUGAAUUAAAAUAUUCUGCCACUCGUUGUUGUGCUGUUUCUCGGGUUACAAACGAGUGGGUAGCAAUAUACGCCAAAUGCUCAUCUUCAGCCUAAACGGAUAGCUUCUCUGCAUCGGUGAAAUACGCUUUCAAGUGUCUUUAAAAGUGCCUGAAAACGGGCAAAUAAGCCUUUCUUUUUAUCACAAUGACACCUUCGUUCGUCGUCAUCUCCAUUGUAAUGUGCCUCCUCGCGUCUUCAACCCAUGCAGCACUAAGGAUCACACAACAUACCAUGUCCACGUCGAGCGACAUUACUUUUGAAGAAGAUCCCGGCCCCGCCAACAGAAGCACUGAGCUGGGAACCAUGCAUUCAGGAUCAGACACAAAGAAUUUCCAAGGUCCAGGCGUGCAAGUAGAAAGUGAUGUAAAACAUGGCCCUGUAAUAUUCACCACUCAGGAAAAACACGUGAUAUACGGCACCCAAACGGGGCGUCUGGUUCUAGCGGGAGUAAUGGGUGCUUGCAUCGGGCUCUUUAGUGGGUUCCUGUUGACAGUGGUUGGCUGUUGCUGCUAUCUAAGACUCAGUCACAGAUACGGAACCUUGGAGUUCGAUAAACAUAACAAUACCUACAGAAGCGCUGAUCUCAUAGAUGGAGUAGUGUAGCCAUCCCGCAGGAAACUCUAACAUCACAGGCAUUGGUUUGUCAAGUAUGAUGUCCGUUGAUUCUGCAAAAGAAGCAAUUUUUGCACUUUAUUCGAAAAUCAAUUCGUCACAACCGUUAUUACUAUAAAAAGUGUAUUUUGUAAGUUAGUGAAACAACAGCAGGAAGUUUGAUGAGUGUUGAGCUUUCCUUUUAAAUAGUAGGUCUAUACUCUGUUUUUUUUC